CAAAAAGAUGCAAGCAAAAUUAUCUAAUUAUUCGUAAAAAAGGGGUAAAAACUAAAAACAAUGCAGGGAAGAAUCGGUGGGCCGAAGCCUGAAGAAGAGAAAGCGAAAGGAUUUGAGAGUUGGGAGUCGCCGGCGGCAACAGGCAGAAAAUGCUGAAUCAUUUGCUCUAUCGCUCUCACACCCCUUCUCUCCUCUUCUCCAGAGCCUUCUCCUCCUCCUCCUCCUCCUCCUCUACGCUUUUCGUCAAAGGGAUAUCUUUCUCAAGCACAGAAGAAACAUUAACGCAAGCAUUUUCUCAAUAUGGUCGAGUCCUUGGAGUGGAUGUGUUAAUGGACGAAGUCAGGUGUAGGCCAAAAGGGUUUGCUUAUGUCACAUUCUCUUCUAAAGAAGAAGCCGCAAAAGCUUUAUUAGAACUAAACGGACAGUUGGUAGACGGGAGGGUUGUGAUCCUCGACACAACGAAAGCGGUCAAACAGAAUCGACCAGACAGCAAGCCGAAGCAUGCAGUUGAAGAGGUUCCGAACAGCCAACACGUGGUUACUUCAGAAAGUUAGGCAACGUUUUACUGUUUUGGCAGCAGAAGAAAAAAAAAGACGAGAAAGCCUCUGACUUAUCAAGAGUCUAUGAUCAUGUGAAGUUACUCCAGGUCCAGGCUAACCUACAUUUACCUGAUAGUCUUUAAUUUUUGUGGAUGAUUGUGCUUCUUCUUUACCUCAUAUUUACUCGUUCUUCUCUUUUUCUCUGGACAAAUUUACUCUUUCUUCUUUUCACAAGUUUCUUCAUGUUUUGGCAUCUUCUUGAAAUUACACAACUAAAGCACCACAUGUAACGUAAUUAUUCAUUCGUCACCUUUGAAGAAUUUCUGAAUAUUGAUAAA